CGCACAGUUUCUACUGGAACGUGAUGUUCUUCAUUCACAAGCCCAGACAAGCCCCUUCCUCGAAGCAACGCAGGCACACAUCGAUCUCAUACGGAGAAUUACAAUACCUUGCAGCCGGCAGAUCAGGAACGAUUUAUGCGAUCGAUGAGAAGAGAAUCUUGAAACAAUACCAUGAAUGUCGAGCGCCUGGCUUAUGGACGUCUUGGGCCCCAUCCAAACAUCGCUAGAUACUUGGGCAGUACGAAGGAUGGUUCCAUCAUCCUCGAACGCGGGCAGGUCCUUCGGACGGUUUGCCAGAAAACCGGCGCUGCGCAGAUUCCGUUGCAAAGAAAGCUUCGUUGGGUGAGGGACGCUGCCGAGGGAAUCAAACAUGCACACGGAAAGAACAUAGUCCAGGCCGAUUGCAGCUGUAAUAACAUGAUCCUCACGAGGAGCGGUGACUUGAAGAUCAUCGAUUUCGAAGGUUGCAGCAUCGAUGGCGCAGAGGCAGGCUCUCAGUAUGAAUGGUUCAGUUACCGACGGUCAACACCACUCGUAAGCUUUCAGACCGAUAUUUUCGCCUUUGGUUGUGCGACACUCAUCCAGACUUGGAACCACAGCGAUUGCAAACAAUGUGAACAUAGUUGUCCAAAAUGCCGGCUCAGAGGAUGCUCUGCCUAAAUAAUUUUUGAGGAUUAAAGUUAAUGGAUGGUUGCUGACGACCUAUCAGAUGAUAAAUAGCGAGUCUUUGGGUACUACAUCUAUCUCAUGCGUAUCAGCUCCCAGCCAGGAACGAUGUCGCAGAGCAAAGGUAUCAGACAAAGCAGCGCGACUACACUGGAAUUGUAGCAGUUCCAGUGAUACUGAAAUUAGUGUCCUGAUUGCUCUCGUCAGGUUCAUCAACGAGAUCAUCCUAAGUGGUGAAUGCAGAGAUGAUGAAGCAGCAUGGCGAGUUUGGACCAUCUGACAACGAUAUUCUCAAUUUGGUGAAAAGAACUAUCGCAAAACUAAUGGACAAUGACUGGCAUUGGAAACCUCCUCGGAUCAUGAUGCCUUACAACAUCCUCACUUAUCCUUCUUCUCUGCAUCCAAGCCAAAUCCAUCACGCUUUUCCGCAGUAAGUUGGCCAGGAAAGUUCAUGGAAUUGAUGCUUGCUGUCCUGGCAAUACGUUCGUUCCAAUCUUCUGCCAAUGUCGGCUGUGAAAUACUAUUCCUGUCGGUGGAUCGAUCUGUCCCUUGAGAUCCUGGUUUUGAGGUUCCGUUUUGAGAUCUCGGCUGUUUGUCUGACAUGAUGGUGGAUGCUCAGGAAAGUUGGCUCGAUUGGAAGGGUUGCUUGGAGCUGAGGAUGGUUGCGGCUGGAUCUAUGAUAUUAUGUGGUUGUCGAAUCAAGGAAACGAAUGGUAGAGACUUGGGCUCAAAAGGAGAAAUCAGCUUGUCUUGUACUUGAAACCCUUCAAAGUCUGCAUAAAGGACGCUUAGUAUCGAU